AUGGCUACAAACGCUGAGGUAACCGGGCCAGUCUCUCAAGAAGAUAUAGAGGCAGCAGAAAAACUGAAAAACGAAGCAAAUGAACUCUUUAAAAAGCAACAUUACGACGAUGCUAUAGAAUUGUACUCAAAAGCAAUUGAGAAGAACCCGAAUAAUGCAGUUUAUUAUGCAAACAGGAGCAUAGCGAAUUUAAGGUUGGAAAACUUUGGAUAUGCACUCGGUGACGCAUCCAAAGCAAUAGACCUUGAUAAGUCUUACACUAAGGCUUAUUAUAGGCGGGCGGCUGCUCAUAUGUCAUUAGGAAAGUACAAAUUAGCCCUUAAGGAUUUUGAAUAUGUAACCAAAGCUAGGCCAAAUGACCAGGAUGCGAAGAUGAAAUAUAAUGAGUGCAAUAAAAUUGUAAAAAAGAUUGCAUUCGAGAAAGCAAUAUCGGUAGAUAAGAAGGAGGUUAAUAUAGCUGACUCCAUUAAUCUGGACGCUAUGACAAUAGAAGACGAAUAUGAGGGACCAGCAUUAGAAGAUGGCAAAGUAACACUCAAGUUUGUUACUGAGCUAAUGGAAUACUAUAAACAAGAAAAACAGUUACAUAAAAAAUAUGCUUAUAAGAUCCUUAUAGAUGUAAAGGCAUACCUACAAAAACAACCGACACUAGUUGAUAUUAAAGUACCGGAUGACCAGAAGUUUACUGUAUGUGGCGAUAUUCAUGGUCAGUUCUAUGACCUAAUGAACAUAUUCAAACUCAACGGCCUACCAUCAAAAUCUAACCCUUACCUGUUCAACGGCGACUUUGUUGAUCGAGGUUCAUUCAGUGUGGAGUGUAUCUUCACAUUGUUUAGUUUCAAAUUGCUUUAUCCGGAUCACUUUUUCAUGUCUAGAGGCAACCACGAAACCCUGGACAUGAACCGCAUGUACGGGUUCCGCGGCGAGGUGACCUUCAAGUACACGGCCCAAAUGGCCGAUCUGUUCACGGAGGUAUACAACUGGCUACCAUUGGCUCACUGCAUCAACAACCGCGUACUGGUGAUGCAUGGUGGAUUGUUCUCCAGUGAUGACGUCACUUUGGAGGAUAUACAGAAGGUCGAUAGGAAUAAACAGCCCCCGGAGGAUGGUAUAAUGUGCGAGCUGCUUUGGUCGGAUCCACAGCCGAUGCUAGGUCGGGCUCGAUCGAAACGCGGAGUCGGUUGCCAAUUUGGGCCCGAUGUGACAGAAAACUUUUUGCAAAAGAACGGACUCGACUACAUCAUCAGGAGUCACGAGGUCAAGAACGACGGCUACGAGGUUGCACACGACGGGAAGUGCAUUACAGUGUUCUCGGCGCCCAAUUAUUGCGACACGAUGGGCAACCUCGGCGCAUUCAUCACAAUGUAUGGAAAGGACUUGGAGCCAAAAUUUACCACAUAUGAGGCUGUGCCUCAUCCGAACGUCAGACCAAUGACCUACGCCCACUCUUUCUUCAGCAGUCUUUGCCAGUGA